UCUCGAUCCACUGAUCGAUAAGCCCCCCAACCGUGUUUCGCUCCAUCUCACGGAGCUCUCCCAGUUCCACUCGCGCGCGCCGGCCCCAAAGCUCCUUGAGCCCUCUCGAUUGAUUGCUUUGAUUUUGAUGGAGGACUCAUACACAGUCCAAAUUAGUUCCAACUUAGUGAACCGGCUUGUAAAUAAUGAGAACAAACCGAGAAAGAAAACCAAGAAACUGAAGCCAAAGCUUCCUAAUGAGCCUCAACAAGUGCAGAAAACAACAAAGCCAACUCCUGGUUCGCCAAACAGCAAUCUUGGUGGAGGAUGGCCGCACCAACCACCAAUGUUCCUGCCAGUAGCCCCUUCUCAGCAUGCAACAGCAAAUGCUGAAUUAGAAGCAAUACGCUCUGUCCUCCAAGAGAGUGAAAGGGUCCUCGAGAAGUUGGAGAAGCAGGAGGCCAACAUGACUCGGGAACUGACUCAGAGAGCAAAAGAACUCCAUGAUAAAGAGUUCAAGCUACCUACCAGAAAGCCCAUGCCCUGUGAAGCCGAGAAAGAGGCUUGUCUCAAGUGCUACAAGAACUACGCCAAAGAUCCCCUCAAAUGUGCUCAAGUAGUUAAAUCAUUUGCCGACUGUGCUCGUCGGGCAAGGCAGCAGGAUUGCUGAACACCAUAGUAUGUUUUCAACCAUUUUCAUUACAAUGAGAACCCCAAUACAUUGAACUGUCAUAUUGAUGAACAGAUUGAACACAGGUUGCCAUUUUUGAGCAAACAAAUCACAAAUUUCUCUCUAUUCUGCAUCCUUUUCUUGCUGUAGAAAUAAAAACUCAGUGCUGUUUGUUUGCUGAAAAGCCAAGAAGAGUUAGUUCUUUUGUUCAGA